GCAAGAACGCGGCAAACUUUUUGUUAUCGCUUCGAAUUGCAAUUUAUUGUUUGCUAAAAACAUUCCCAAAUGAAGGCGUUUUUUAAAACCGGUAAAACGACGACGGGACAAGGGGAGAAGAGCCAGGGAGUUGCGGCGACAAAACGUAAACCACCGGCUCCUUGGGUGGAGAAAUAUCGCCCGCGCAAUGUGGAGGACGUAGUGGAGCAGUCCGAGGUGGUAGCAGUGCUACGGAAGUGCGUCGAGGGCGGGGACCUGCCCAACAUGCUGCUCUACGGACCUCCCGGCACGGGUAAGACCAGUACGAUUCUGGCAGCCAGCAGGCAGAUCUUUGGGGACAUGUUUAAGGACCGUAUACUGGAGCUAAACGCCUCCGAUGAGCGAGGCAUCAACGUGGUGCGCACCAAGAUCAAGAACUUCUCGCAGCUCUCCGCCAGCAGCGUGCGUCCAGAUGGCAGGCCUUGCCCGCCCUUCAAAAUCAUUAUUCUGGAUGAGGCCGACUCGAUGACCCACGCUGCCCAGUCCGCUCUGCGACGCACCAUGGAGAAGGAGAGUCGGAGCACCCGCUUCUGUUUGAUCUGCAACUAUGUGUCCCGCAUCAUUGUGCCCAUCACCUCGCGCUGCUCAAAGUUUCGCUUCAAGGCGCUGGGCGACGACAAGGUGAUCGACCGUCUGAAGCACAUUUGCGAAAUGGAGGGCGUCAAUAUCGAGGAGAAUGCCUACAAGUCGAUUGUGAAGAUUUCUGGCGGAGAUCUGCGCCGUGCCAUCACCACACUGCAGUCCUGCUACCGGUUGAAGGGCCCCGAACACACCAUAAACACGGCGGACCUGUUCGAGAUGUCGGGCGUUAUUCCGGAUUACUUCCUGGACGACUACCUCGAGGUCUGUCGCUCGGGAAACUACGAGCGCCUGGAGAAGUUUGUGCGGGAUAUCGGCUAUUCCGCUUACAGCGUUGGCCAGAUGAUGGAGCAGUUUGUCGAGUACAUUGUCCACCAUCCGGGGCUGAAUGACCCACAGAAGGCCAAGAUCUGUGAUAAGCUAGGUGAAUGUUGCUUCCGCCUGCAGGACGGCGGUUCCGAGUACCUGCAGAUCAUGGACCUCGGCUGCUGUAUCAUUUUAGCUCUAAAAAUAUAAAUCCACUUCCAACACAUUUAUACACACAUUUAUCAUACUCAUUUAAACUGUUAAAAUAUACAUAUGUCAUCAUGCAUGA